AUGCAACAACUAUAAAAUUGUCUGCUUGAUAAAGACAUGAUUCUACAAAGUGAUGGUACUCUAUAUAUCGGUUCUUUUAAUCAACAACAUCUUGAAGGUUAUAGUUUGGUAAUCAACCCAGAUGGAUGUAAUUUUGACUUUAAUAAUUAGCAUACUAUUAUGGAUAUUUUAAGAGAUCAAAACCUAAAGAUGUAGGUGUUUAUAAACUGAAAAACUCAUGUUUAAAGAUAAUGUGGGGAGAUGAUGAUACAAUAAAGAACGUAGAAGAUAUUGAAAAUGUUGGCUUCAUACAAAAAAUUAUUCCAUUUAAGAAUAAUUGUUACGGCAAUAAAUUACUCAUCAGAAUCAAUCCAAUAAGUUAUGGAAUGGCUAAGAACUAAAAAUAUGAUGGAUUUACAGUUAUGCAUUAUAAAAAUGGGGAUAUAUACUAUGGAAAUGUUUACAAAGGAAAAUAGAAUGGAGAAGGCAUUCAUUUUAAUAAUUAUUUACAAGAAUGGUAUUGGAACAAAUAUUCUCAUGGAAAAUUGAUGUCACAUUAACUUUAUGGUAAAAAUCUUGUACCUAGAGAAUUGAUUAGUAAGAUUUUAUAAUUAAUUAGGCAAACUAUUUAAUAAAUUAAAUUUAAAGCCUUAAUAAGUAAGCAUGGUCUCUCUAUCCAAUAUACAAUAAUUAAUAAUUAAUUAAUUACUAAUCAAUAGUGAAUAAAAUCAUUUAUCUUUGGCAUCUACUAUUUAAAGUGCUCAUCCUGCUCAUCGAGAUAAUCUCUCAUAAAUUUUGAUUGAUUCAGAGGAUAUUAAUCAAAAUGAUGAAUUGGAAAUAUUACAAGAUUCAUAAAUUAUAUCCAAUGAUUAAGAACUACAAAUUUAUAAUCAAAAUGAUUAAUAAGAAGAAAUAGAAGCAAAGUUAUCAAAAUGUUAAACAGAAGAGGCUUUAUUAAAAAUUGAGAAACAACGAUAAAAUAAAUUUUUAACAUAGCCUUCUCAAUCAAAAUCUCCUAAAAAUAAUAAAUAAUAAUAACAUACUCCAUUAAAUAAAAUGUUAUCAACACCAAAAAUUACUAUAUUUAAAAGGUCAGUUUCACCAGUUUUUACAACUAUUCGUCAUUUGUUUUCAGUAAUCAGAAUUUGA